AUGGCGUACCAAGAUAACGUCCCGCAGCGCUUCACCAGCUCUGCCUCUCAGACGCCGUCGGUGUCGCAGUCGCAGAUGCAGUACUCAUCCGGUUCCCAGUUGGGAACCCAGCAGAACCAGAUCCCUUUGCGACGCAGUCCCAGUUAUCAGUCUGGUGACGACGCGAGUUACUGCCAGCCGACAUCCCUCGGAAACGGCGCAUACCAAGACCAAUCCGGCCGCGCCGGAGACUCUACAAACUACAACCGUGGGGGCUCGCAGAGCACUCACGGUUCUCGACACUCUCAGUUCUCCGUGGGCAGUUCUCAACACUCUGUGAUGAGCCAGGCCUCGUCGCACGGCUCAGCCAUGUCUGGAUACCAGCACCAGUAUCAGCCUCCGUCUUCGACCUCCCCAAGUCAACCCGUCUACAACCCUCAGCAAUUCGCGCAGCCAUCGUCCCCUGUGUCGUCGCAAUCGAGAUAUAAUCCUCAGGCCUUCUCUGCGACCACUGUUCCGCAAUACGCAAAUUACUCGUAUCAGUAUAACCCUGCAGCAUACCAGUCUCCCACCGGCUCAUACCACUCCUCCCAACCAUCCCCUAACCUGCAAUGGCAGAGUCCUCAGACCCCCCAUCCGUAUAGCCACCCUUCACCGUACCAAUCUUCCCAGCCCCAACCCACCAGCCAACAACCUCCUCCUCCUCCUUCCUUGGCCCCUAGAACCCACGAGUCGUAUGGUUCUUAUUCUUCGCCUGAAACACCGAACCCUCCUCUGCAUACCGCCCUAGGUUAUUCUCCAAGUGUCUCCCACCAUUUAGUAUCGUCCCCCGUAUCUACUAUUCCGUCUGGAUACUCUACAUUGCCACCUCCUUCAUCUACGGUUCCGCCUUCGUCUUAUAUACAGAAUGAUAAUUUCCCUCUGCCGCAGCUACAUACCUCUUACUCAGGCUCUACAACAUAUCAGCAUAAUUUGCCCCAUCCUCCUCCGCAUGCCCCAAGCCCCCAUGAUUCUGCGGCCCAAUCCCAUUCUCAUCAGCCAAGCAAUGAAUCGGCAUACUAUGCCCGGCCGGCGUCGUUUUCAGUUUCCUCCCAAGUUCCCAUAACAGAUUUCGUGCCUACGCCCCCGCCGCAUCAGGAACAGCCAUCUUCUCCGCGUCGUGCGGACACCCUAAACCGCCAUCCACAGUCACGUCCAUUACCCGGUCCGCCCAUCGAGCCGGAAAUGGACCAUGGCAACGGACGUGUAGGCUACAAUGGUCGGGUCGAAAAUGAUCUGAGCUAUGACGAUAUCAUGAAAGAGGUGGAAGCUGCCGUAAUGGAAGGAAGACCGGCGAGUGCUCGGCGUCAUAAUUCACGUACCAAUCACGCCAUCCAACAGCAGCCUCCAAUCCAGGAAGCAGAUGAAGUUUCUGGUGCCUCGCAAACCCAGUUGCGAGUGUCUCCUGAUGUUACGCCCAGUCAUAUGAAUGGCCACGAAAACAUCAGUUCCACUGGUACCGGACAAUAUGUGAAUUACAAUGCCUAUAGCGAUGAUAGCGAAGCCGAAGCGGCUGCUGGAUUGGCCGCGUUACAGAUGGCCGAAGAAGAAGAAGCCGCUAUGCGCGCGAGACGGAGUACUCAGUCAUCACUGCCUGCUGCAUAUUCAUCGCACCAGGACCGUCCACCGAGCUCUGCGACCCCCGCUGAAUCGAGCAGUGACAGUGAUUACCGACGUCAUGACAUGGAGCUGUACGGUGGAGGUUAUGAUGCUCAGAUGCACUACGGCUAUGAUUUCGGUGCAGUCUCUGGUAACAAUCGCCUUGAGCCGACGUCGGGAUCACAUCGAAGUUCAACCAAGUCAGCGGAAGGUAAAUCCAAUGUCUCUGACUACGAGUACCCAAAUAUUGACGAUGAGUCAAUUCAUCCUUUUCCUUCUUUGGCUCCAAUUGCUCGAGUGGAUACCUUCGGAACUGGCGGUCUAUCCGACCCGUCGUUUAACCCAAGGAGAUUAAGUUUUGAUGAUGGCGACGAAACCCUUCAUUCGGGUAGGGCUGCCCAACAAAAUUCAUUUACUGCUACGCCAGAGGAAGGGGAACCUCAAGAGCUCUUUUUCCAUCCCGGAAUGACCUCUCGCCCCUUACCACCACCGCCUGUAAGCACGAGUUUGGCGACACAUCUCAUGCCUGCUGGGACUUAUCGAAGUCAAGACCAAAUAAGCCAGGAUGUGUAUGAACAGUAUUCCCGGCCUCAGUACCCAACUACCCCUGAAGGAUUUACUCAGGCCCAUGCUGCGUCUUCGGCUGUACCUCGGUCGACGUCUUUCACUGGCCACACCACCACACCCCGCACUGAUCCAAUUAUUCGCUCUAAGACUGAUGCAGAUAAGGUUAAAGUUAAGCAGAGCUAUGAAUCAUCAUUAUCAACCCCGUCAGUCCCAAUAGAUCUCCCGACCAUUCCUGCCGGAAAAAGAAAGAAAUUUAACCCGGCGAAACUGUCAACGGAGCAGUUCAGAAGAUGCACUGAACCAUGGGCCCUCAGUGCUAUCGUGGCUUGGGUGAAAGACCUGAGCGAGGAUGAGACGGACUUGAAGCGGCAAGCCAUCGUGGACGCGAUUGUGGCAUUGUUUACGCACAAAGUGCCUACAAUGAAUAUUGCUGAUGCCGAAACUCUCGGUGCACGCGUCGUAAAGGACAUGUUUGAUGCCGGCGCUCUGCUCCAUGAUGAAGAAUGGGUCAAAUUUGGAACAGAAUCACUAUCGGGAAUCCUAUGGCAAAUCACUGGUCAAGGUUGCUAUUCCUCUCGUCUUCACGCCGUGGAAACCGAGUCAUUUGGCCGAUGUUAUUCAUACCAUUGUAUGAGGACGUUGAAGAAGAUUAACUUGCAAGCACAAAUGAUGGAACCCGAGAAGAAAGCCGAGGACUGGGCUACUUUUUACAAAAUUGGUAAAGAAGUUUUUGAGACCCAUUCGAAGAAGGAAAUUGAGCGUCAAAACAAUUUGCAUGAAAUCGUCACCACGGAAGAUGCAUUCAUCUCUCAGCUCGACGUUGUACGGACGCUCUAUCGCGAUCAGCUUGCUGCUUCUCAACCGUCUAUCAUCAGCCCUAAACGACGCGACAGGUUCUUAAACGAUGUUUUCGGCAAAGUCGACGAGAUUAAGAGAGUCAAUGAGAAUUACUUGCUUGCUCAGCUUAAGUAUCGUCAAAAGGAACAAGGUCCAUUUAUCGCCGGUUUCAGCGAUAUUUUCCGAGAAUGGAUCAGAAAGGCCAAAACUGCAUAUAUUGAAUAUGCAGCUACCUUCCCCAACGCGAAUUAUCUUGUUAGGCGUGAAGCAGAGACCAAUUUACUUUUCAGGCAAUUCUUAAACCAGGCGAGAGAAAAUAAGAUGUCGAAUAGGUUGAAUUGGGACACCUACUUAAAGGCUCCUAUCACACGCAUUCAACGAUAUACCCUCCUCUUGUCUACUGUUCAAAAGAAUAUGGUCAAAGACUGUGAAGAAAAGACGAACCUGGGGCAAGCGAUUGAAGAGAUAAGAUUGGUGGCAAUGGAAUGCGAUAAUAAAGUAGGUGAGAUGACCAAGAAGGUAAAUCUCAGAGAACUCGGUGCAAAGCUGCAAUUACGACCAGAAAUGAAACGACUCGUGGAGCUCAAUCUGGAGCACCUCGGGCGCGAAAUUAUCUAUCAAGGUGACUUGCAACGGCCAAGAACGAAGAGAUUCAAUUGGGUCGAUACCCGCGCCAUUCUGUUCGACCACUAUCUGGUGUUAGCGAAGAUUGUGACCAACAGGGACGUUAGCAAGUCUGUGAAAUAUGAGACAUAUGAUGUCUCUAAACUACCGAUUCCCAUGGAUCUGCUCAUCCUUGAAAGCUCGAAUGAUGAUCCUGUGAUGAAAUCAUCUGUCAAGGGAAUAACCGCGAUUACCCCACCUGUCAAGCCAGGCACAGCACCUGGACAGUUGAGCCAUACCGGCACGAGCAGCUCUACAAGCUCCGGGGUCUCCGUUGCGUCCAAUAAGACGGUGGUUCCGAACACCGUUCUUGACGGUUCAAAGGAUGAUAAGAUUUUGUAUCCUUUCAAGAUUAGACACCUUGGCAAAUCGGAAGUCUACAUCUUGUACGCAAACACGGCUAAAAGCCGACGUGAAUGGUGCGAAAAAAUCAUUGAAGCGAAGACAAAGCACGCUGCAUCUCUAUAUGCGCAGAAUGCAGAACCGUUUAGGCUACGGGUUUUGUCAGACUCCGCUUUCGCCUACUCGGACUUUGCUAUUGGGUCAAAGAGUGUUGUGAUCAAGGGCACUCCGCUGGAUCGGGCAAUCGAAGAGGUAGAGAAGAGAUACGUCAAUAACUUGUCACGUCCUUUACCCAUUUGUCGGGCGUCAGUGAAUUGUGCUACAGUGUUCCAACAGCAGAACGGACAUAAGAUGUGUGCUGUUGGAACAGAUUAUGGUGUCUAUAUCUCGCAUUACGACGAUCCUCGAGGAUGGACCAGGGUAAUUGGCAUGUUACGGGUGACUCAAAUUGCUGUGUUUGAAGAGUUCAACCUGUUCCUGUUGAUCGCUGAUAAAUCUUUGAUCGCGUGCCAUCUCGACACUGUCUGUCCAGAGAAAGGCGCAGCAGCGGCCCAGAAUGACUCGCAACGGCGUGCCCCCCAGAAGUUAUCUGGUAAUAGGGAAGUUGGUUUCUUCGCCGCAGGGCGGAUGAAGGAUCGUGCUCUUGUGUUUUACAAGAAGCGCGACGGAAUCUCUUCGACAUUCAAGGUGCUAGAACCAGUCGUCCAAAAGACAUCUUCGUCGAAGACUCGCUUUCUGCGUAGAGGUCACACGGAUUUUUUCCGUGAAUACGAUGAGUUCUAUAUCCCUGCAGAUAGUUAUAGCAUCAAUCUAUUCCAUACUUCUCUCGCUAUCUCAACGUCUCGUGGAGUUGAGGUUUUAACUCUGGACAAGAAGCAGCCGUGGUCGGUGCCAAUCCUGCGUUCGGAGCAAGUAGAUGCUCAGGCACAUCUUACACGUAUCGCCAACAGAAUAAAAGACCUUCGCCCACUAGGGAUGUUUCGUCUAAGCGACAGUGAAUUCUUAGUUGCCUUUGAAGAAUGCGCAGUUUAUGUUAACAAGCACGGCGACGUGAGCCGCAGCGUGGUUAUGGAAUUCGUCGGAAAAGCUCAUUCAGCGUGUCUCUAUGGGAAAUUCCUCAUCCUGUUCCAUGAGGAUUUUGUUGAAAUCCGCAACGCUAUGAACGGCCGUUUGAGACAGGUCGUUGCGGGAAAGAACGUGACGCUCCUCGAUGACGGUGGCAAUUGUAGCAAUGGAGUCGGGAACUUAGGCAGCGCGCCGAUAUCGUCGAUAAUUGGGAACUUUAACGAUGCUGCAUCUGGUACUCUUGGCGGAGGUACGAACGGCCUUGGCUUGUCGAGUGGCUUCAGUACCGUCCCGCGCACGGUGAAGAUCUGCAUGACACACCCUGAAUAUGAGAGAAGUCAGAUUGUGAUCGAGUUAGUGGAGAAUGAGGGACAGGAAGAUUAAAUCAAAUUCUGAAGGUUUAUAUUAUAAUUACUUUUGAGGGCCUUCAGAAAGCCCCUGCAGGCCAUGGGAAUUGGGGAUGGAUGGAUAAAAUCUUUUUCGGCUAUCAAACUUUUUGACCUCCUUUCGUGGAAUUCUGGAUUGUGGGACCAUUCAGAAGAUCUUUAAUGACUUGGAUUUUCAUUGUCCUCUUCUUCAUGACGAUGGGUCUAUUUUAUUCGAUUCUUGUUAUGUGAUGUGGAUGCCAUGUAUAGAAGCCGACAAGAAGGGGAUAUGCUAUGGCUUUUAUAUUUUUGUUCCCCAUUUCUUGUGCGGAUUUGGAUUUCUUCUUUUAUAUGGAUUCUUUUACGACGCUUUUGAUGGCUGACUGGAACUUGAUUAGCACUAUUUUUGUUUCUUUGCGGGCCUUUUUUUUUUUUUUUUUUUUUCAGUCUGUUGGUUUCGUCACGAAAUACAUUUGCUUUUAUUGAUACCUUCAUCUUCCUUUUAAUUCUUCUUCCUUAAUACCGCCAUUUGUUAUAUUCUGGUCACUAGCUUUGCCUUCCUAUUUGUUUUCAUGAUGCGUUUGUUUGAGCUCAGGAACUGGUAUUGGAUUUUCAUUGCGUGCCCAGUGAGGUCAUCUUGCAUUCUAAGAGAAAACUAAACAGUUCAUAUUGAUAGUGCCUAGACAAGAUGCUUUUCAUAGAUAUGAAUGGGAUUGUCAUUUCAAAUAUGA